AUCAGAAGCUGCAAGUUAUAAUUUUCGACUGAAACCACAGACAACAAAAGGGAAGAAUUUUUCUGUUAUAAGAGGGAGAGAAACAAAUGAAAUGUCAGGACAGCCGUCACAACGAGUUCGGCGAAAUGCGUCCCCUUCUCACACAAAAACUGGACCCAUUAAAGCUGUGAAAGCCUUCUCUAUGAAACAUGGCAGUCCGAUUAGAGGCUUGAUGUGUGGUUCUCCUACAGCUAAUGUUGGUACACAGAAGCCCUGGUCGAGGAAAUCUCCUGAUGUGAGAGCAUCACCGGAAAGAAGGAGCCCUUGCUCUCCAAGUUACAAAGAUAAAUCAAAGAUUCGACAGAGCCCAAUCCAGCCUUUAAAAAGAACCAACUCUCUGGAUACAUUAGGGCCAUAUUUAACGGGACAAUGGCCAAAGGAAUCGAAUGUAAAUAUGUACCAUCAUUACCAGACCAGUGGAGUAUUUAUGUUAGACAAGUCCACUCAGACUACCGAAGAACUGGAUGCUCCGUCAGAUCACCUCAAACCUAAAGGUCAAGGUCAUAAGCGUUCUUCAUCCCUGGGUAAGGGAGAUCAGCAGAAAAAGGAUCAAUAUAUUAAGCAGCAAAUUCAACAACUCCGUAAAAAAGACAAGCAUUCAGAUUCCACCAAAUUCCGUCAGAGUCCAGUCCAGGGCAACCAUUCAGCCCUGUCACUCACAGCUCCACCCACCGUGUUUGCCAACCAAUCAAAAGCUAUUAUAAUUCCAACGAUGUCCUACAUUCCGAAACAACCCAUGUCUCGUUAUCAGAGGAACAGUGUUGAAGGUCUCAGUGUUGAAAUAGAAAAAUUAUGGUCCAAAGAAGUUCAUUAUCAGUGUGAUAGUGAUGAAAUUGAAACUUUCAGGGAAGUCCCAGAUGGCCACAGGGCACCGGUACCAGAGGUCCAAAGAAUAACCUGUUUGAUGCGUAACGUUGAUACUCAGACUCCGUCCAGUAAAAAUGAAGAUGGUAUCAGGGGAAGUAACUCUAGUAGAUGUGACUCGAUUAGUCCAGCUAUAAAUAGUAAUUUCCUUGGUCCUAUAGAUCUUUCUCAACCCUCUAGUCGUUCACUUUCCUCGGAGUGUAAAUCUGAAAAAGAAAUAUUUGAAGAAUCUCCUGAACCAAGUUAUCCAAGCAGCCCACGUUUAGAAAAAUUCCUUGCCAGUCCAAAACUUAAAGAUUCAUAUAAUUUCGUACGUGAGCCACCCGAUGGAUGUGAGAAGGUCAAGGCCAUUGAAGAAUUUCGACAAACUCCAGAAAAAGAACCGUCAUUUUUUUGUCCAGUGAAACCAAAUCAGUUUGUGUUUAAAGCCAGUAUAGGUUCAGCAUUCUUUAAACCAUAUACAGCUUUGACAUCUAAUACUGUUACAUCUAUAGAAACAUAG